AUGGCAGGAGUACAGGCUUUAAAAGACAAUUUGCAACAGCAAAGAGAUGGUUAUGACGUUUUCUUUGAGCAAAUAUCUGAAAAGGCGGCAGUCCUUAGCAUGGUAAAAGAGCCAACCAUCCCUCGUCCACACAAAGUACUUCGUCGUUUGCAUGAUGGCGAUGCCGAGCAGCACCAUUUCGAAUCAGAGAAAUCCAUGUUUCGCGCACAGUAUUUUGAGGCGAUCGAUGCCUGCCUGAGUGAGUUGAAUCGAAGAUUCGAUGAGAAAUCAUAUGAACCACUUCGACAAAUUGAAGACGCUUUCCUCAAUGCUGCAAACCGAGAGCUAUUUGAAUUUAACGAUACUCUAAGGAAAACGUACAGCAAUAGAAUUGAUUUUGAUCAAGUCACAGCUGAAUUGAAACUCCUACCUAGUUUAAUGAGACAAUGUUUGCCUGACGUUAAACGAGCAACAUCACUAGACACGGAGAUUUCAGUGGCGAACAAUGGCCAAAAUAGAGUAAUCUUGCCAAGUGUUGUGCGUUUAAUUCAAAUAUAUCUUUUGGCCCCAAUGAGUGCAGCGUCCGCUGAAAGAUCCUUUUCAGUACAACGACAAAUAAAAAGUUACCUUAGAAAUACGAUGUCAGAGAGAAGAUAUAAUAAUCUCCUGGUGCUUAACAUUCACAAGGAGAAAACAGAUAGUAUCGAUCUCAUCAAACUUGCUAGAGAAUUUGUUCAGAAAAAUGACAGGCGAUUAAAAUAUUUUGGGAAAUUUUAA